UUCUGGUCCCCUUUAUAAAGGAAGCUCCCUUGUUCCUCCCAGGACAGAGCUGAGAGCAAAUCCAGAGCUUCUUCCAAGAUGCUGCUGAUCCUGCUCUCAGUGGCCUUGCUGGCCCUGAGCUCAGCUCAAGACCUGGUUUCUGAAAGCAACAGUGAAGAGUCUCUGAGUACCAUACUAGAUUUAAACUCAGACAACGAUAUUCCCAAACCACCUCCUGGAGGACCUGGAGGGCCACCACCUAGACCCCCUCCUGAUGAUGAAGAUGAAGGUGAGGAACCUCCACCAGGGCCACCUCCAUCAGGACCACCUCCACAAGGGCCACCUCCACCAGAGGAGCAACCUGAGGAGAAUCCAGAUGAAGACUCACCAUCCAAGUAAUCUGAAAGUCAUUGACAGAACAUGAGUGUGAACAUACCAGUCCUUCAGAAAGCCAUGACAUUGGAAGAAGGCAGUCUGUCUUCAAUUUACCAAUAAAAUAAUCAGCAUCCAG